AUGAAUAUCGCAGGCAUGGGCUGGAGGUUUUUCCUUCUCGUGGGCAUUUUGAGUGGCCUCGCUGGGUUGAUGAUCUUCCGCAUAGCGCCGCUUUGUGGGCGUUUUCCUCAGUAUUUUAAGCACUUCUGCACGACCAGAGUGACCAUGAAGUACUUAACCCAAGACGAAGCACAAAAAAUAGAUCAAGAGUUGUUUAAUGAGUAUUCGUUCAGCGUGGACCAGCUGAUGGAGUUGGCUGGAUUAAGCGUGGCUGUAGCUCUUACCAAAGCGUAUCCCAGAGGACCUAGUCAUCCAAACGUUCUGGUCUGUAGCGGCCCUGGUAACAAUGGAGGCGAUGGACUAGUUGCGGCUAGGCACCUUAAGAUGUUUGUAUGUCUGUUUAUGAUAAAUAUUGACAAGGGAGAGUAGAGCUCCAUGCAUAUAAACUAUGCAUCACGCAUUACAUUGUUGUCAACUACAUGCUAUAAGCUGUGCAGUAUACCUUUAAAUCCUUAUAUUAUGCUGUUUUCUUCAUUAAAACGAAUAUGGAAAAAAAAAACAUCACUUAUAAGAAUUAUGCCUCAAAAUUCUGGCUUAUAAGCCCUAAGCUUAUUUAUUUACAGUUUGGGAGGGGUGUACAUAGAUCUGGAGGGCUUUGAGAGCAGUUUAACAAAGAGAUUCUCAAACAAGCAGUUUCUAAAACAAGCAUUAUUUUCCCCCAAGAAAAACUUAAAAACAAACUUCAACUUACUGUAACGGGACAAGAAUAUGUAUACUUUUUGGGCCAUGUGGUUUGUCGGAAUUUACCCUGGCAGGGCCUCCUGAAGCAUAAACCAGAUCUGGGAAGUAGCAUGUUAUUGUAAGAAAUUUCUGCACUCGUUCCUCAGACUUUCCUUUGAUAGGGAAACCAGUAGUGACUAUGAGAAAUGUCUGCUGUUUUCUCAACCUAGGGGAAAGUUUAACCAGGACUUUUGGGUAUACUAAGGAUAUGGGGUUUACAGAAGGAGGGUGGGGUGCGGUCUACAGCUGAAAUCUGAGAUGAAAACAAUUUUUUUUGUUAUAUUGUAUGGAUGGGUUGACUGAAAUAGGUAUUAAGCUCAACACAUGAAAAGUUCAAUGUUUGAACUGGGCCUAAUAGAGACAUUAAACUGAGAUAAUCACAAUCUUACUCAGACAUGAUAUUACCCACAGUGCGUCACCCACCAAAAAUGAUAAGCCCAAGAGACAAGACAACAUUUACUCUAGAUACAUAGCAGACGAUAACCAAACAUAGAGGGAACGGGAAACCUCAAAAUAAUACAGUAAAAAAAAAACAAACAAACUGAACAUAAUAACAAAGAACUUCAUAUGCGUUCAUAAUAUUAUUGCACUUUAAACUUGAUACUGGCCAGUGUUAUUGUUGAUUAGAGACUCUUCCUUAGUAAUAGUGAGAUUUGUUCACUGUUAUAUUAGGGAUACAAUCCAAAGAUUUAUUAUCCCAAGAAGUCAGAGAAACAGCUUUUCAAAAACCUUGUGACACAGUGUGAAAAGAUGGACAUACCAUUCAUUCCUGAGUUACCAUCGUCAAGCCAGAUUAAUGAGCAAUACAGGUUGGUGGUGGAUGCUAUUUUUGGAUUCAGUUUUAAAGGGAAUGCACGGCCACCAUUUGGAGAUGCAUUAUCAACCUUGAAGGAUGUUAACAUUCCUGUUUGCUCAGUGGACAUCCCUUCAGGUAAAUAAUAAUAAUAAUAAUAAUGAUAUAUAUUAUAAUGAAUUGGAGGUAGCACAUCCACAAAGUGGUUCUUCGUCUACCUGAUUCCUGAUCGAAUUGGAAUUUGGAAAUGUUGGUUUUUGAGGUGAGGGGAAAACCGGAGUACCCGAAGGAAAACCUCUCGGAGCAAAGGAGAGAACCAACAACAAAUUCAACCCACACUAGUAUGGCGCUGACCCCGGGAUUUGAACGUGGGCCACAUUGGUGGGAGGCGAGCACUCUCACCACUCUGCCAUCCCUGAGGCGAGUGCUCUCACCACUGCGCCAUCCCUUGCUCCCUAGGUUAGACGAGAUAGAGAAGAAAUGUACAAUAGCAUUGUAAGACCAUGUUUUUCAAUGGCAGGUCAAUAAUAUCAUUACUACAGGUAGUCUUUAUUAUAUGGCUGAAUCAACAAGGGCGCAAGGUGAAGUGUAUUCUGUGUUCUGAUUGGCCACACAAGUAGACCAGUUAGACCCAUCUUGCCCACUCCGGACUUUCUGAGUUGGUCUGCAAGAAAAAAGUUCUCUUUUUGGUCAUAUAAUAAAUUCUUUACUGAUUAAUCUUCAAGAUGGCUGGGUAUUGGCCCUGAUGACCCCAACUUUGUCUCAGCCCAUAACCCCCCCCCCCUCCCCCAAAGAAACUUAGCCAAUAGUACAGCCAUUUUGAGCCUGAUUAAAAAACACAUACUUACUCCUUCCAGUUGAUGGAGUUCAAAAGAAUUAUUGCAUUAAAUUGAGGCCAUUGUGGGUAAUUAACAUGAACAUAGAAGAAGAAUAAUGAAAUGUUUCACCAUUCAUUAAAAAGUCUUAACUCGUAUUUCAUCAAAUUUAAUCAAUAUUACUAUUAAUUUAGACUCAAAAUCCAAAAUUUUAUAACGAUUUCAAGGCUUAAUUCUUGCAUGCCCAGAAUGUAUAGAGCAGCACUGAAUGUUAUAACAUGCUAAGUAGUUAUGCAUAGAAAAUAAAACAAAUCAGCAACCAUGCUACCACACCCUUAGUUAAUUCUAACUAUAAAGCUGCCCAUUGAAUUUAUUACUCUAGACUCAAAAAGAUCAUAAGGGCUACAUGACCAAGCUGUAAACUAUAAGGUGGCUUGUUUUCAUUGAUUACAUACACAAAUCAAUGUUAUUAGGUGAUGCCAGCAUGGUUGGCUCUUAAAGUAAACUAUUUGGACACCUUCAUACUUAGGGGUGGCGAAUGGUAAAAUCCGAGACUCGCCGAGACGCCGAGAUCCUAGUUAGAAUCCGAGCCCGAGACUCUCUGGUGAAACGCUUCGAGACUCAAAAAAAGUAAAAACAAACAAUGAAAAAACGAGACUUCGAGACUUAUCAAAAACGCUUCCGAGAUUUCGAGAUCCUGCCAAAAUUUUCCGACACCCACGUGCCAUUCGCCACCCCUAUAUUUUUGUACAAUUUUAAGAUGGCUUAAAUGGGUUCAAUCCAAGGGAGUUUGCCUUAGACUUACAAACCCUUAUUUGAGUCAAAGUCUGAUUUUUGUCUCCUGUUCUUCAAUUAACUUUUAGGUUGGCAUGUAGAAGAUGGAAAUCCUGAUGGAAUUCAACCAGACUUCUUGAUAUCUCUCACAGCUCCAAAACUUUGUGCUAAACACUUUCGGGGCACAUUUCAUUUCUUAGGCGGCAGAUUUGUGCCUGAGUCUCUAGCUCAAAAGUAUAAUUUGUCUCUUCCAGAUUAUCCUGAAACAGAGCCUUGCAUGCUGUUAACUGAAUGA